CCCUACUCUCGCCGCGGCUCUGGCACUCUACCUCCGAACCACAUGCGAUGACAACCGACGCCAUAAUCCUCCCACCCGAGACUCUGGAAGACAUUCUUCGCCUCCGCGUUAGGGCCAAAGAUCUCAGCAAGGAGACUUCCAUUCGGCCCAUCAAUCGCUCGCAGCUGCAACAAUUCAGAGUACACUUCGUCUCCAGGCAUUUAUUCGAAGACGGGAGAGAUGAAAGAUGCACGGCAAAGCUGAUGGAAAGACAGAUGGUCUCUCGUGGGGAACUAUUCGGACCCCACAUCCCGCCUCGUACACCACGCUAGUGUAUGGAUCACGCCCUACAAGUACACUACAGCUAAGACCAGAUAUCCUAACCUAUAGCUAUAAAGAUUGAAUACUCAAAUCAGUACACCACAGAUCCCAUCGAAGACCUCCCACCCCUCUCCCUUACCAUCAACGAUGUCGCCACCGCAAGACCAUCUCCCCACUCCCUGGCGGCGAACACCACUCAUCCACUCCACAACCCUUUCGCAAUCCGCCGGAUGUCAGAUCUACUUGAAACUCGAAAACCUGCAACCCUCCGGCUCCUUCAAAUCGCGGGGCAUCGGAAACCUCCUAUUAACCCACCUGCGCGCCCAGCCCCCCUCGGCCCGCUCAAGCGUGCACUUUUACUCCUCUUCCGGCGGCAACGCAGGCCUAGCAUGCGUCGUGGCCGCCGUCAGUCUCGGUGCGCCCGCGACCAUCGUCGUCCCGCUGUCCACCUCUGCGUUCAUGAUCGGCAAGAUUCGGGACGCGGGCGCGAGCGAAGUCAUCCAGGAGGGCACGAGCUGGUACGAAGCCGACGAGCAUCUCCAGCGUGUCGUCAUCCCCGCUGCGCGUGAGAGGGACGAGAAGCCCGUGUAUGUGCCGCCGUUCGAUGCGCAGGCGAUCUGGGACGGGAAUGCGACGAUUACAUCGGAGGUCCUAGACGACUUAGGUCAGAGGCCGGAUGUGAUCGUGUGCAGUGUGGGCGGUGGGGGCAUGUUUAGCGGCAUCAUGCUGGGCCGUGAGAACGCAGGCGAGAGGGCGAGGGGCAUGAAGGUCCUGGCUGUUGAGACCGAUGGCGCGGAUAGUCUGAAUCUGAGCGUCAGGGAGGGUAGGCUGAGUACGCUGCCGGCGAUCACGAGUAUUGCGACGACGCUGGGGGCGCGGACGGUGGCGGAGAGGGCGUUUGAGCACACAAAGGAAGAGGGGGUCAAGAGUGUAGUUUUGAGCGAUAGAGAGGCGAUGGAGGGGUGUGUGAGGUUUGCGGAUGAUGAGAGGAUUAUGGUGGAGGCGUCGUGCGGAGUUUGCUUGGCAUUGUGUUACGGAGGGAGGCUCAGGAAGGUUAUGCCAGAAUUGACGGAGGAGAGCAAAGUCGUAAUUGUUGUAUGCGGCGGGAAGAACAUCACAGCGGCUAUGUUGCAAACUUGGGAAGAGCAACUCAAGCAGCCGGCGUGAUCGAGUAUUCAAAAGAUAAAUAGAGCAAGACAUAGAUAUGAUAUAGAGAGCUUUUAGGAGCAAGGUGUAGACUCCAGAUACGCCAAACCGAAACAUGACUG